GAGUGGGAAGAAAGAGCCAGGAUCAGGCGGAAGGGAGACUGCAUCAGAGCCGGGCUAAACCAAGCUGUGCUGGACUCAAGCUGUCCCAAGGAUAGCCAAGGACUGCAGGCAGCCUGAUUCAAGAUUCCCACCUGACCCAGACCCAGGUCCACAGAGCAUCCUUAGCCUGGAUCUCCAAUCAAAGUGAGAAAAUCACAGCCUUUCCAGAAUUAAAGACUUUCUGUGCUCCCUUCCGGGACCAGCAUGCUCUCAAAACACGCACAACCAGGGCUGAGCCUCUUCCCUGUCUGCUGCCCACUCUUUGUCUGAGUCCCAGCCUGCUGUGUGUGUUCUAGGGGACAGGAUCUGCUCUGCAUUCUGAGAGCUAAACCGAAACAGGGAGUUUAAAGGAGACUUCUCUCUAAGCACAGCAUAAAAGGCAGGGUUAAUUAUAGCUGAGGGGAGCAGGAGAUUUCAGAGAUCUGCCUGGCUGGAUUUGCUGGCUGCUUUAUUUGUUGCAGGCUAAUUUUAUUUGCUGGAAAAGGAAGCAUUUUUUUUUUUAAAGGGGGGGUGUGGGAGUGGUUGUGGUUGUUGUGGUUGAAGCCCAUCGGGCUAUGGAUCAGGUUCAGAGGACUGGAGAUCCGGGCCCCUCGGAUACAGAAAUGAAAAGCAAAGAAUUGGAGAGUACAGGCAGCCUUCCCAACCCCAGCAGCAAGAGGAGGACUUCAGAGCUUCCCAUGGCAUAUCCAGCUUAUUCCCAGGAUUCUCAGGAUCGCCAUGAUGGUACCAGCAAUGGGACUGGUCGGCUCCCCCAGCUGGGCUCGGUGGGCCAAUCUCCCUAUGCCAGCGCUCCCCCACUCUCCCACACCCCCAACGCUGACUUCCAGCCACCCUAUUUCCCCCCUCCUUAUCAGCCCAUAUACCCCCAGUCUCAAGAUCCAUAUUCUCACGUUAGUGAUCCCUAUAAUCUUAACUCACUCCAUGCCCAACCGCAACCUCAGCACCCAGGAUGGCCAGGGCAAAGGCAGAGCCAGGAGGCCAGUCUGUUACACUCACACCGGGGACUGCCCCACCAGCUGUCUGGCCUGGACCCUCGCAGGGAUUACAGGAGGCAUGAAGACCUACUACACGGCCCUCACGGGCUCAGCUCAGGACUUGGGGACAUCCCUAUCCACUCCAUACCUCACGCCAUUGAAGACGUAUCGCACGUAGAAGACCAAGGCAUCAAUAUCCCAGAUCAAACUGUAAUUAAGAAAGGGCCUGUAUCAUUGUCUAAAUCCAAUAACAAUGCAGUAUCGUCCCUCUCUCUCAACAAAGACAAUCUGUUCGGUGGAGUAGUCAAUCCCAAUGAGGUGUUCUGUUCAGUUCCUGGCCGCCUGUCUCUACUCAGCUCAACUUCAAAGUACAAGGUGACAGUGGCAGAAGUACAGAGACGAUUGUCCCCGCCCGAGUGCCUCAAUGCUUCUCUGCUGGGUGGAGUGCUUAGGAGGGCAAAGUCCAAAAACGGAGGGCGAUCGUUGAGGGAAAAACUAGAUAAAAUAGGUUUAAAUCUCCCAGCAGGGAGGCGUAAGGCUGCUAAUGUUACCUUGCUCACAUCUCUAGUAGAAGGAGAAGCUGUUCAUCUAGCCCGGGAUUUUGGAUACGUCUGUGAAACCGAAUUUCCUGCCAAAGCAGUAGCUGAAUAUGUCAACCGACAACAUUCUGACCCAAACGAGCAAGUGACGAGGAAAAACAUGCUGCUGGCUACAAAACAGAUUUGUAAAGAAUUCACAGAUUUGCUGUCUCAGGACAGAUCCCCUUUGGGUAAUUCUAGACCUUCUCCUAUUCUAGAACCAGGUAUCCAGAGCUGUCUGACUCACUUCAACCUCAUCUCUCACGGGUUUGGAAGCCCAGCAGUAUGUGCAGCUAUCACUGCCCUGCAGAAUUACCUUACAGAGGCCCUCAAGGCUAUGGACAAAAUGUACCUCAACAAUAACAACCCCAACAGUCACACAGACAACAGCAAAGGAGGGGACAAAGAUGAAAAGCACAGAAAAUGAUCUCCAUUUUGGUACAACUCUAUAUUGAUACUUUACCCUGUGGGACUAACAGAUACCAUUAUAUGGCAAUCCUGCUCCAGAUGAGGAACACUGGUCUGCUCUAAAACCUUCUUUGGAUUCUUGACAGAACAGGCUAUGGAUGGAGCCAGCAAUUAAAAUCCUGUCUUUAGUGUUCGAACUUUUUAUAAGAGGACUUCUUUUUUUCUAAAGAAACAAGAUAACGAUUAUUAAACAAAAAUAUAUCUAUAUAUCUUCCCUUACAAUGCUCUAAUUGAGAUUGUGGCCAUUGAAAGAAGGCACAGAGGAAACACUUAUCAGUAUUGUGAAUAAACUUGACACAAAAUAGUUGCAGUUCCAUGUCAUGUCUUCAAGUUAUACCUUUUUUUCCUCUAAAGGUAAUUUAAAAACAUUGAACUUUCUAUUGGACCGAAUUCACAUACAAUAUAUAAGGGAAUCAGUGUUUAUGUAUAUAUUUAUUUAUGUGUAAUUUAAUGGGGAUUGUAAAUAUGGUGAGUCUGUUGAAGCUUUUUUUAUUUUUAUUUAUCUGGUGAUCUGUUUACCUAUUGUUUAGUGGGUUUUCAAUCUUCCUUCUUAAUUUUUUUUAUUUUCAUGUGGUUCUUAGUACUUAAUUAGGAAGCAGAGUUUUAUCGUUUCUUUCAGUGGGAUUCAUACUUUUUAGCCCUGUUGUAGCAUGGUAAAACAACAAAGAAGCAACAGAACAAAUAAUAAUAAUAAUAAAAAAAAGACAAUAAAAUGCAUUUUAUAAAUGAUUAGUUUGAAACUCAGCCUUUCAUUUUGCAGAAGAGAAUGCAUUUCUUAACUUCACUUUGGACCCUAACUUAAAAAAUAAAUAAAAAUAAAAUACCCAAUGAUCUCAAAAAAUGUUUUUGGCUUUACGAGUUGAUUGGAAAUUGGUAAGGGGGUAGCUUUUUGCCUCAAUUGACUUUUAACCCUUUAAGUUGCUCUCCCCCUUCCUUGUCACUCAAAGCUCUGAGUGUGAGAAGAGAGUUGACAAUAUUUCUCGCACCUCUCCAGCACUUAAAUGGUUAAACGAAUUAAAACAAUGUCGUACCUAUUUUCACGAAAGCUGUGUUUUGUCUCAAGUACCGAAAAAAAAAAAAUACAAAAAAUAAAUAAAUAAGAAAAUAAUGAAAUCAGAGACAUAUCUCAUUGUCCUUGGUGGAACUACUGCAUUGUAGUGACUUGUGAUAGCAGGAUUCAAUGUAUUAUAGCCUUUUGUUGCCCAGGUGAAUAAAUAUUUGAUACGUUUUA